CGCUUGCGCAGUAGGCCCAGAUGGCACUGCUGAAUGGACUCGCCUCCAGGGCUGUGCAGUCAGUGCGACUGCGCGUGGGCCGGGUGCCGCGCUACUUAAGUGCGCUGCACCGAGCGUCGGAGGAGGUAACCAUGCAGAGCGCGGGUCCCGAGCAGCCCGCUAAGCGGCCUCGCUGUGAAGGCAGCCCGAGAACGCCACAGCGCACCCCGCCUGCAGCGGCGAACGCGUCUCCGGGCUGCGACCUCCACACCGACCUCCGGACCUGGGAAGUGGAGGACGUGUGCUCCUUCUUAGAGACAUGUGGCUUCCUAGAGAAGAAAGUGCUGGACAGCUUCAAAGAAAAUAAAAUCACUGGUUCAUUUCUGCCCUUUCUCAAUGAGUCUCGUCUUGAAAAUCUUGGAGUAAGUUCCUUGGAGGAGAGGAAGAAGAUGAUUGCAUGUAUCCAAGAACUGAGUCAAUCUCACAUAGAGCUAAUGAAGGUAUUUAACGAUCCCAUUCAUGGCCAUAUUGAGUUCCACCCUCUCCUUAUCCGGAUCAUUGACACACCUCAGUUUCAGCGACUUCGAUACAUUAAACAGCUGGGAGGCGGCUACUAUGUUUUCCCAGGAGCGUCUCACAAUCGCUUUGAACACAGUCUGGGGGUUGGGUACCUAGCAGGCUGCCUUGUUCGAGCACUCGCUGAAAAACAGCCAGAGCUGCAGAUCAGUGAGCGAGACAUGCUCUGCGUUCAGAUUGCCGGGCUCUGCCAUGACCUUGGUCAUGGGCCAUUUUCUCAUAUGUUUGAUUCAAGAUUUAUCCCACGUGCUCGCCCAGAUAAAAAUUGGAGGCAUGAACAGGGCUCAGUUGAGAUGUUUGAGCAUCUGGUUGAUUCUAAUGACCUCAAACCUAUCAUGAAAAACUAUGGUCUCAUCCCUGAAGAAGAUAUUGACUUUAUCAAGGAACAAAUUAUGGGACCACCUGAAACUCCAGUCAAAGACUCUUCGUGGCCCUAUAAAGGACGUCCUGCCAAGAAGAGCUUCCUUUAUGAGAUAGUAGCUAACAAGAGAAAUGGCAUCGAUGUGGACAAAUGGGAUUAUUUUGCCAGGGACUGUCACCAUCUUGGCAUCCAAAAUAAUUUUGAUUACAAGCGCUUUGUUAAGUUUGCCCGUAUCUGUGAAGUGGAAGACAAGGCUGGCUGUAAGAUGAAGCACAUUUGUACUAGAGAAAAGGAGGUUGGAAAUCUGUAUGACAUGUUCCACACACGCAACUGCUUACACCGAAGGGCUUAUCAACACAAAAUCAGCAACCUCAUCGACAUAAUGAUCACAGAAGCUUUCCUCAAAGCAGACCCCUACAUGGAGUUUACAGGAGCCGGCGGGGAAAAGUUCCGGAUUUCUACAGCCAUUGAUGACAUGGAAGCCUUCACUAAGCUGACAGAUAACAUUUUUCUGGAGAUUUUAUAUUCUACUGAUCCAAAGUUGUCUGAGGCACGAAAUAUUUUAAAGAACAUCGAAAACCGUAAUCUAUACAAGUAUUUGGGUGAGACCCAGCCAAACGGUCAAGACAGGAUUAAAAAGGAAGACUAUAAACAGCUUCCCCAAGACAUUGCUGACGCCAAACCUGAUGUGCCACUGGAAGCCCAGCUGAAGGCCGAAGAUUUCGAAGUGGAUGUUAUCAACAUGGAUUAUGGGAUGGAAGACAAGAAUCCAGUUGAUCAUGUUCACUUCUAUUGCAAAAGUAACACGAAGCAUGCAGUCUUGAUCUCUAAGGACCAGGUGUCACAACUUCUGCCACAAAAAUUUGCAGAGCAGCUGAUUCGAGUGUACUGUAAGAAGAAAGACAAGAAGAGCCUGUAUGCCGCCCGGCAACAUUUCACUCAAUGGUGUGCGGACAGAGACUUCACCAAGCCACAGGAUGGUGACAUUAUAGCCCCACUUAUAACACCUCUGAAAUGGAAGAAAGAUCAUCUAGGUUGCCGCCAAAAAGCGCCCAAAGACGAAGUCAAAAAACAGCUCUUUCCAGGCAGUGGUGGCGCACGCCUUUAAUCCCAGCACUCGGGAGGCAGAGGCAGGCGGAUCUCUGUGAGUUCGAGG